AUGUCUCAUGGACUCGAACCUGGCGAAGAGUCACGUGACAAGGUGGAAUUAGAAGGAGGAAAUAACGGAGUUUUCGGAGAUAAGAUAAGAAGAAAAUAUUCCGGAGAAUCGUUUGAGACGGAGAAUAGCAACGAGGAUGUCACUGAUAACGGAAAACCAAGAAAAGUAUGGUUUAGCCGCGCAGAAUGUGUGGAAUAUAUGAAAACCAGGUUUACCACUUUGAUACCCAGCAAGCAAGAAUUACGCCAGGCACGUGAGGAAUAUCCACUCAAUCCCUUUCCUGCACUGGGAGCAAUGAAUUGGCAACAAACGCAGUUCUUCAUUGUUGGAUUUUUGGCAUGGACUUGGGAUGCCCUAGAUUUCUUUGCCGUUUCUCUGAAUAUGACGGCAAUCGCCAAGGAUUUGGAUAAAUCGAUCAAAGAUAUUUCCCAUGCUAUCACUUUGGUGCUGUUGCUGCGGGUCGUGGGUGCAAUUAUAUUUGGGUAUCUUGGAGAUCGGUACGGACGUAAAUGGCCUUACUGCGUCACCAUGGUGCUCAUUGUGAUCAUUCAGAUUGGAACUGGGUUUGUAAAGAGUUUCCCCGCGUUUCUGGGCUGCAGGGCCCUGUUCGGUAUCAUCAUGGGCUCCAUUUUUGGCGUUGCUAGUGCUACCUCGCUGGAAAAUGCACCUCAAAAGUCAAAAUCUAUUCUAUCUGGAAUUUUCCAGGAAGGUUAUGCGCUCGGAUAUCUACUGGGUGUGAUAUUUCAGCGCGCGAUCGUUGACAAUUCUCCAUACGGAUGGCGUUCAUUUUUUUGGUUUAGCGCAGGUCCACCAGUGCUAUUUAUUGCUUGGAGACUUCUACUUCCGGAGUCGCUAGCUUACACUCGUCGGAGGCAAGAAGAACGCAAGUUGGCACAGGAAACUUCUAACACCGAAUCGUCGCAAUUCUGGAAAAACUGCCGUACUGCACUCAAAUACCACUGGUUGACACUAAUAUAUCUAGUUUUGUUGAUGGCAAUGUUCAAUUUCUCGUCGCACGGAUCCCAGGACUUGUUUCCGACAAUGAUUUCCAACCAGUACGGUUAUUCCAAAGACGCAUCCACCGUAACCAAUUCCUUGGCCAACAUUGGAGCGCUGACAGGGGGCAUUAUCGUUGCCCACGCAAGUUCAUUUUUAGGUCGCCGACUCUCGAUUAUUCUGUGUUGCUUUGGAGGUGGCGCUCUUCUAUAUCCAUGGGGGUUCGUAUCAAACCCUAAAGGGCUAAACCCAGCGGUCUUCUUCUUACAAUUUUUUGUUCAAGGAGCCUGGGGCGUUGUCCCGAUUCAUUUGACUGAGCUUUCUCCAGUAGAAUUCAGAGCAUUCGUGACAGGUGUUGCUUACCAGUUGGGAAACAUGAUCAGCAGCGCGUCCUCCACGAUUGAAGCCACCAUUGGAGAAAGAUUUCCAAUCGAGGGAAAGGAAGAUGUCUACGAUUAUGGCAAAGUUAUGUGUAUCUUCAUGGGCUGCGUCUUCGCUGGGCUUCUGAUAACGACCUUCGUGGGUCCGGAAAACAAGGGCCGCGAGAUCACUUUAGAUGAUACUUAUUUGAAGAGCAGAGGAUCCAUCUCUAACGAUAAUUUUGGCAGAGACGAUGAUUUAGAAUAUGGCGCUGGCGCCAAUGCAUCUUUCAAUGAUUCGAAACCUGCCUUCGAAGAAAUAGAGGAUAUCAAAUGA